GACAGAUGAUGCUCGCGAGCGUUGCGGUCGUUAAAUGGAACGCACCCAUAGAGACGCACACAAGAAAGGUCACUGUCACAGAUAAUACAAGAAAAAGAUUACCUGGUUCAAAACGUGACGCAGGUUACGUUAGAUAUUAUAAUGUAAACAAAAUUAGUACUAAGAGACUAAUUUUGAAAUCUUAAGAAGAUAGGUAUUACAGGAAUUUAUAAAAAUGAUUGUCAAGUUUGAAAAGAUAAUAAGCUGCUCCUCGGAACAUCCUAUGUAUCCUGCCGCCAAUCUUCUCCAACGUAAUUCAGAAAAUUGGAAGGCCACAUGGCGGUGUGCCAAGCCGGGAGAAAUGUUGGCCCAAGUGAUAUUUCAAUUAGUUGAACCUUCUUACAUCACGGGAAUUGAUAUUGGCAAUUUUCAGAGUUGCGUGGUAAUUGUCACUGGAUCUACGUCAGCUGAACCUGACAAUUGGAUAGUUAUAGUGAACCAUAAGUUUAUGACAAAUGAUGAAGCAAUAAAUAAUAAGUUCAAGGAUCAAGUACAAUUAUUUACGAAAAGGGAAUUAAAUCCAGAUACUUUGAAAAUUAAAUUUGAUCGAAUCAAAGUUACUUGUAUGCAAUCGGCAAAUUUAAAAGUCUUGUUUGGACUGUCAUAUAUUAUUUUAAGAUCAGAUCCUACAGUUGAUUUAGGCUUAGAUGUAUUUGGCAAGUUUAAAUUGAAAAAACCACAUGUCAUGAAGACACCUUUGGAGAUGAUGAAAGAGAGAAUCCUUAAUAAAACGGAAAAUAAAAAGACAGAUUAUAAGGAUGAAUUGCGUGAACAAAUAAAAAGGAACUCAAUGGAAAAUUUUACUAAAUGUCAAGAGGAACCUAGAUCUAUGAAGAGACCAUUAUUAGAAAAGUUAGAAGCUGGGAAAGCUGAUCAAGUUUUUGGAAAAAAUGAUAAGACUCAAUUGCAAGAUUCAAAAGAUAAGAAUAAAACGUCUACUAAAAACAGCAGAAAUGCAGAAAAUGUAUCAAAUGAAAAAACAGUUGUCACAACUCCUUUUGGAGACAUCGUGCCUUUGGUUGAUAAAGGUAACAAGAAUGAUGCAAAAGAUGUCGCUCAGAAUCCUUGUAAGAAACGGUCUUUAAGCGAAUUGGAGGCUUCACCAAAUACACAAUAUGAUAAAAAGAAAAAACAGAAGUGCUCUAACUGUUGCAAAGAUUCGCAAGAUCAGUUGUGCAGAACUUGUCAACGAUUACCAUCACCCUCUAUCGAAAGUACUGCUUUGAAAGCAAAUGUUUCUGUAAAAUGUAAAAAACUAUUUAAAGAAUUGUUCAGCGAUGCCACAUUUUCCCUCAGUGGAUAUAUUAAUCCGCAGAGAGACGAAAUUAGAAGGAAAGCUCUUAGUAUGGGUGCCAGAUACAUACCUGAUCCAAAUACGACUAAUAAAAAAUGUACUUAUUUGAUUUGCGCUUUUAAAAAUACACCAAAAUAUCAGCAAUUUAAAAAUCAUACAAAAAUUGUCUCUCAUGUUUUUAUCGAAGAAUGUUUUGAUAAAAAGAUAAGAUUUCCUUGGAGGCAAUAUGCUUUAAAUCAAAAAGACAAAUCGCAACCUGAAAGUGAAGAAGAAAUCGAUGGUAAUCAACCAGAAUCUGUAUAUGAUAUGGAUACUGAUGCUGAAUCCGAUUAUUAAUAUUUAAAUUCAAUACAUUUAGCAAUCCUUGACUUCUCUCUGACAUGAUUAUAUCUUGAUAAUUAUUAAUAAAUAUAUUUUUUAUAUAUAUGUAUA